AGUCUGCCACAAGGAGGCCCUCCUGGAGAAGAUGAGCCUUGAACACAACAGGUUGGGGACAGAUGAGAGUCUGCAUUCAAGAGUUUUCCAGAAGCAAGAUGCUGCAGGAGAUGCUAUUCAUGACUGUGACUCAUAGGCACCAAGUAAAGACACGGUUCAUGCAGGGAAGACCCUCUACAAAUGCAAAGAAUGCAGGAAAGUGUGCGACAAGAAUUGCCUCCUUGUUCGACAUCAGCAGAUUCACACUGGAGUGAAGCCUUAGGAUGCCACAUGUGAAAACGUAGACUUUGCUUGACAUAUGAGGAUUCACGCUGGGGAGAAGCCCUAUAAGUGCAUAGAGUGUGGGAAGGUCUUUAACUGGAGGUCACACCUCACACUCCACCAGCAGAUCUACAGUGGCAAGAAGCCCUCUAAGUGCAGUGAAUGUAGAAAGACCUUCCGCUAUCAUGUUUUUGUCCAGCAUUACAUGACCCACAAUGACAAAAAACUCUUUGGGCACGGAGAGUGUGGGAAAGCCUUUCAUUACGACUCUUCCUUAACUCGACACAGGAGGAUUCACACUGGACAGAAGCCCUAUACGUGCAGUGGAUGUGGAAAGACCUUCCCCUUCCACUCUGACUUUAUCCAACACGGUAAGACCCUCACUGCACCAAAGCCCUAUGAGUGUAAAGAAUGUGGGGAAGGUUUUUGCUACAGCUUCUCCCUCACAUGACACACCAGGAGUCGCACUGGAGAGAAGCUCUGUGAGUGCAGUGAGUGUGGAAAGGCCUUUGACUACCACUCUGCUUUCAUCCGGCCUAUGACCAUCCACACUAGGGAAAGGAAACAUUGAGUGCAAAUGGCGUGGGAAAGCCCUUGAAACAGCUUUCCUUUCCCUUGACACUUGAGGAGCGGUGCUGGGGAGAAACACUCGGAACCCAAUGAGUAGAGGAAAGCCUUAAGCUGCGGCUCAUUGCUCACUCGGCAUCGAAGAAUUCAUGCUGGAGAGAAACUCCUUGAGCGUAAGAUAUGUGGGAAGACCUUUUGCACCCGCCCACCGCAGUCAACAUCCAAGAACUUAUACAGGGGAAAAGACCUCUUGAAUAGAACUACUAUGGAAAAUCAUUAGGUCACAGGAAACAUCGUUCUUGGCAUCUGAGAAUUCCUGUAGGAGAGAGACCUCUCGGUUACGCACUUAGAAGAAAGGUCCGCCACACAUCUGCCCAUAGGCUGUGUCACUAAGCCGUCUCAGGAUUAUUUCAAAGA